AUGAUCAUUUCACUGUAUAAGAACAAGUUUGCAGCAAUCACAACACUUCCCAAGCUCCCUUCCACUUUCGAAACCGCCCAGCUCCUGUUUGAUCAGGUCUUUAAGAUCCAUGGAAUACCACAGGAUAUAGUUUCUGACCGUGGCCCCCAGUUUGUGUCCCAAGUCUGGUGCUCCUUCUGUAAGGCUUUAGGAACAUCUGUUAGCCUCUCAUCAGGGUUUCACCCCCAAUCCAAUGGGCAAGCGGAAAGAGCGAAUCAGGAGCUGGAGGCUGCUCUGCACUGCAUCACUGCCAGUAACCCCUCGCAGUGGUCCACUCAACUUGCCUGGGUGGAGUAUGCCCACAACUGUUCUGCUACUGGGCGAUCCCCAAUCGAGGCCUCUCUGGGCUACCAGUCUCCCCAUUUCGCUGAGCAGGAACAAGAACUGGCAGUUCCCUCUGUCAAACACCACAUCCGCCGCUGCAGGAAGGUCUGGAGGCAAAUCACCAGACUCAGUCAGUGUAAUCUGACAGAUGAAGGAUGUUCAGCUUUGUUCCAAGUUCUAUCAUCAGAUUCCUCCACUGUGAGAGAACUCGACCUGAGUAACAAUCAGAUUCAGGAUUCAGGAGUCAGACUCAUUUCUGAUCUACUCAACAAUCCAAACUGUAAACUACACACUGUGAGAUUAUCAGAUUGUGGUGUAAGAGAGGAAGGUUAUGCUGCUCUGGCUGAAGCUCUGAGAUCAAACCCAUCAUCAGAGCUGAUGGAGCUGGAUCUCGGAGGGAACGAUCCUGGAGAUUCAGGAGUAAAACCGCUCUAUGAUCUACUACAGCAUCCAAACUGUAAACUGAAGAAACUGGGACUGAGUGAUUGUGAGAUCUCAGAUGAAGGUUAUGUUGCUCUGGCUGGAGCUCUGAUGUUAAACCCAUCAUCACCUCUAACUGAUCUGGAUCUCAGUGGAAAUAAUCCAGGAACAAAAGGAAUGAAGAUGUUUAAUGAUUUAUUAAAGAAACCAAAAUCUAAACUGAGAGUGAGAUUUCUGAGCAGAAGCCCUGAGAUGAAUAAAGCUUGUGAUUAUCUGAAUAAAAUGGAUAUAAAGAUGUUAGAACUGAGUGAGGUGGAUCUGAGUGGAAGAAGAAAUGUUGGAGAUUCAGGAGUUAAACAUGUAUCGACUGUACUGAAGGAUCCACACUGCACGAUUACAAAACUCAUACUGAGUGAUUGUAAGAUCUCAGAUGAAGGUUAUGUUGCUCUGGCUGGAGCUCUGAUGUUAAACCCAUCAUCACCUCUAACUGAUCUGGAUCUCAGUGGAAAUAAUCCAGGAACAGAAGGAAUGAAGAUGUUUAAUGAUUUAUUAAAGAAACCAAAAUCUAAACUGAGAGUGAGAUUUUUGAGCAGAAGCCCUGAGAUGAAUAAAGCUUGUGAUUAUCUGAAUAAAAUGGGUAUAAAGAUGUUAGAACUGAGUGAGGUGGAUCUGAGAAGAAGAAAUAUUGGAGAUUCAGGAGUUAAACAUCUAUCGACUGUACUGAAGGACCCACACUGCAUGAUUACAAAACUCACACUGAGAGAUUGUGAGAUCUCAGAUGAAGGUUAUGUUGCUCUGGCUGGAGCUCUGAUGUUAAACCCCUCAUCACCUCUAACUGAUCUGGAUCUCAGUGGAAAUAAUCCAGGAACAGAAGGAAUGAAGAUGUUUAAUGAUUUAUUAAAGAAACCAAAAUCUAAACUGAGAGUGAGAUUUCUGAGCCCUGAGAUGAAUAAAGCUUGUGAUUAUCUGAAUAAAAUGGGUAUAAAGAUGUUAGACCUGAGUGAGGUGGAUCUGAGUGGAAGAAAUAUUGGAGAUUCAGGAGUUAAACAUGUAUCGACUGUACUGAAGGAUCCACACUGCAUGAUUAUAAAACUCACCUUGAGGAACUGCAGCAUUACAGAUAAAAGUUGUACUGAUCUGAAAUCAGCUCUUGAUGUAAAUCCAUCACACCUGAAAGAUCUGGAUCUGAGUAACAAUCAACUAGGAGAUUCAGGAGUGAUUCAGAUCUCUCAUCUACUGAAGGAUCCACAGUUCAAACUCCACAAACUCACGUUAAUUGUGGUGUAA